AUGCGGGUAAGUUACUACGUUGUCAGAAUGCCAGAACCUCUAGCGUCACCAGAAUUCAAAGUAUACUGGAAUGUCCCGACGAUGCAGUGCAAAUCAAAGAAUAUAAUAUUUGAUAAUCUUUUUGAGAAGUAUGGCAUCAUACACAAUACUGAUGAUAUAUAUAGAGGGAAUGAGAUAGCUAUCCUCUACGACCCUGGGAACUUCCCGGCGUUGAUCAAGAACUCGUCCACGGGAGAAAUUAAGUAUAGGAAUGGUGGGGUGCCUCAAGAAGGAGAUCUUAUGGAUCAUCUGCAGAACUUUAAGAAAGAGAUGGAUAAGAGUAUACCUAAUGAAGACUUUAGCGGAGUAGGAAUAAUAGAUUUCGAGUCUUGGAGGCCUAUACUUCGCCAGAACUUCGGCAGUCUGACCCCUUAUAAGGACGUAUCCUAUGACAUAGAGAAGAAGAGACAUUGGUGGUGGAAUAAACAGCGGAUAGAAAACGAGGCGAAACGUCGCUUUAAUGCAGCUGGUCGUGACUUUAUGCAUGCCACAAUAUCUUUGGCCAAAAAGAUGCGCCCCAAAGCACGAUGGGGCUAUUACGGAUAUCCUCAGUGCUUCAACCGGCCUUAUAAUAGCCAUCCAGAAGAAUGCGCUGAAGAUAUACCGGGAGAGAAUAACAGGAUACCCUGGCUCUGGGAAGACAGUACAGCCCUCUUCCCAUCCGUGUACUGCGCAGAUGAUGUGACAGGAAAUAGACUCGCAGCAUUUAUCAAAGGCAGAAUCAAGGAGUCCGAGCGAGUAAGAGUAAAACCAAGUACUCCAAUCCUGCCGUACUGGUGGUUCCGAUAUAGAGAUGGCGGGUACUUUAAAGAGCAAGACCUAGAAACAACCUUCAGCACAUUUCACAAUUCCAAAGCCUCAGGAUUUAUAAUCUGGGGAAGUUCUAAAGAUGUUAACACCAAAAUAAAAUGCACGGAAUUAAAAAAAUACUUAACUGAUAUAUUGGGCCCUGCUGUUGCCAAAUACACUAAAGUUACAAGGAGAAUCAAUGAUGAGCCAGCUGACGGUGCUCAAGUAAUAUUUAAACCUGAAGCUGUGACUGAAUUUGACCCUGAUUAUCAUUGGGAACCACCAGUAAAUUACAGUUCUAAUAUUGAACACAUAGUUGAAGGAGAACUGAAGACUAAAAAAGAGGAUGAACCUACUGCAGAUGGAAAUGUUCUAAUAGAUAUUAUACUGAACAGAAUAGCUAAUUUCUGCUUAACUAAUUGUGAUAGUAAAAAUGAAGUGAAAUUGGACUCUACGACCGUAUUGACGACAAAGGACCCAUUUGCGGCAACAACUCCUAAGAUUACUACCACAGUUCGACCUGUGGAGGCAAUGACAACAGAGUACAGUAAUACAGGAACGACAGUAAAUCAUGAAACUGUUCUAUAUGAUUACUUAGACACCAGUAGUUUACCUUCUACCACAAGUGUGGGAGCAGAAUCAAAAGAAUUUACCACAAUAGGUAUUUAUGUAGAAGAUGACGAUACUUCUGAAUUCAAUACUAGUCUGAACAAUAUCGAAAUAAAUACAGAAGACUUUAGAGAAAUAGAAAGAACACAACAAAGUACAGAAACUAUUUCAAGGUUAGAAGAUAACAAUGCAAUUAAUUUUGUUAAUAAUACUAGUAGUUUUAAUGAAACUAGAGAUGAAAAGAAAAAUAGUACAAUAAAUGCUAAAGAAAUUGAUUUAACAGUCACAAAAUACAAUUUUAAUACAACCACUACUAUUAUACCAAAGUUAUAUAAAAUUAAUAAUAAUAAUUUAGUUAAUUUUAGUUCAACAUUCACUAAUGCACCAAAUUUUAGUUCAAAUGACACUAGUGUUGAAUAUUUUAGUCCAGAGAGUAGAACUAAUUUGAGUGAUACUCGUCCAUCAAAUUUACAUAUUACUACUACACCUGCAUCAAGACCAGAUCCUAUCAAUUGGAGGAAAUUUUAUGUUGAUUUACUGAACUUACCAAAUCUGGUAAAGAAAGAAUUUGGGACGACAAAUGAGAAUGAAGUUGAGACGACAGCUGCGCCAGAGCUGGUAGAACAGGUGUUGGUGUCAGUUUCUGCUGCAUCUCCAGCGGUUGCGUUUAACUUGUGGUUACUUUACUCUGUGUACAUAAGUGGUUUUCUUAGUUUUAGCAGCUAA